CACGGCGUUUCUAAAUUUGGUAAACACAAGUCAUUUACUUUGGUGUGUUAUCGGAUGAAGGGCAGGGAAGAAGCUGCUGCCGCGGCACUCUUGACUGCAGCCCAGCCGAGCCCUCCUCUCCCUCUCCCUCUGCCGGACUCAGUGAUGCUGUGAGGUCGCUCCGAGCCGCUGCCCGGCACAGCAGGAUCCCGCAUCGGAGGAAAUCUCCCGGAGAAUCUGCGAUCCUCAUCCCAAUGCUCCACUUUGUUUGUUUUAUCAUUCGCUUUCUGGAAGGUCGGGGGGGAGAGAGACAGAGACAGAGAGAGACAGAGACAGAGAGAGCUCGCUCGCUGCUUUUCUCCGGAUCGCCUACAACUUGGUGACUUUUUUUUUAAAAAAAUUAAGGAACUUAAAUGACACUGAUGCUCACCUAAACGAUCGAGAAGGGCGUUGGAAACAAAAAUCUCAGAGAGAUGUAUCCUCAAGCCAGACAUCCCGCGCCUCACCAACCCGCACAGCCCUUUAAAUUCACCAUCUCUGAAUCGUGUGAUCGCAUCAAAGAAGAAUUUCAGUUUUUGCAGGCGCAGUAUCACAGUUUGAAAUUGGAAUGUGAAAAAUUAGCCAGUGAAAAGACAGAAAUGCAACGCCAUUAUGUCAUGUAUUAUGAAAUGUCUUAUGGUCUGAAUAUAGAAAUGCACAAACAGGCUGAAAUUGUCAAGAGACUAAAUGCCAUUUGUGCCCAAGUCAUUCCUUUCCUGUCUCAGGAGCACCAACAGCAAGUGGUGCAGGCAGUGGAGCGGGCCAAGCAAGUGACCAUGGCUGAGCUAAACGCCAUCAUCGGGGUACGUGGUCUUCAAAGUCUGCCCCUUACACACACAGAGAAGAGAAGGUUUCAAUGCUGGCUAUUGCAGCAACAGCUACAGGCCCAACAUCUAUCCCAUGGUCAUGCACUUCCAGUACCUCUCACCCCACAUCCAUCUGGACUCCAACCCCCAGGAAUCCCAUCAGUUGGAAGCAGUGCAGGACUAUUGGCAUUAUCAAGUGCUAUGAAGGAUGAGAAAAAGCACCAUGACACAGACCACCAAAGAGACAGAGACUCAGUCAAGAGUUCCUCAGUGUCACCAUCAGCCAGUUUCAGAGCUGCAGAGAAACACAGAAACUCAAAUGACUACUCCACAGAUAGUAAGAAGCAAAAGACUGAUGAUAAGGAUUUAGCAAACCGCUAUGAUAGCGAUGGAGAGAAGAGUGAUGACAACUUGGUGGUGGAUGUCUCCAAUGAGGAUCCCACCUCACCACGAGGUAGCCCACCCCACUCACCAAGGGAAAAUGGCUUAGAUAAAUCUCGUCUGUUAAAAAAGGAUGCACCUAUAAGCCCAGCUUCUAUUGCUUCCUCCAGUAGUACCCCUUCCUCAAAGUCCAAAGAAAUGGGUCUUAACGAGAAAUCGACUACUCCAGUGUCAAAGUCGAACACUCCAACUCCACGAUCAGACGCUCCAACUCCAGGAAGUAAUUCCACCCCAGGAUUGAGGCCGGUCCCUGGUAAACCACCAGGAAUUGAUCCAUUAGGCUUGAGGACUCCUAUGGCGGUGCCAUGCCCUUAUCCUGCCCCUUUUGGAAUAGUGCCCCAUGCUGGUAUGAAUGGAGACCUAACGAGCCCAGGGGCAUAUGCAGGUUUACAUAAUAUCUCCCCCCAGAUGAGUGCAGCAGCAGCUGCUGCAGCAGCGGCAGCUGCUUACGGCCGAUCUCCAGUGGUUGGGUUUGAUCCACAUCAUAUACGCGUACCUGGGAUUCCACCAAACUUAAGUGGCAUUCCUGGUGGAAAACCUGCUUAUUCAUUUCAUGUAAGUGCUGAUGGACAGAUGCAACCUGUGCCUUUCCCUCCUGAUGCUCUGAUUGGACCUGGAAUUCCAAGACAUGCUCGGCAAAUGAACUCUUUGAGCCAUGGUGAGGUUGUGUGUGCAGUGACCAUCAGCAAUCCUACAAGACAUGUGUACACUGGUGGGAAGGGAUGUGUGAAGGUCUGGGAUAUUAGUCACCCUGGGAACAAAAGCCCAGUCUCUCAACUGGACUGCCUGAACAGAGACAAUUACAUCCGAUCAUGCAAGUUGCUUCCUGAUGGUCGCACCCUGAUUGUUGGUGGGGAAGCCAGCACGUUAUCUAUUUGGGACCUGGCAGCUCCAACUCCACGUAUAAAGGCAGAAUUGACAUCCUCUGCUCCUGCCUGCUAUGCUUUGGCUAUCAGCCCUGACUCCAAGGUCUGUUUCUCCUGCUGUAGUGAUGGUAAUAUCGCUGUCUGGGAUCUGCACAAUCAGACUUUAGUCAGGCAAUUCCAGGGUCACACAGAUGGAGCCAGCUGUAUUGACAUUUCAAAUGAUGGCACGAAACUUUGGACGGGAGGUUUAGACAACACCGUAAGAUCCUGGGAUCUCAGAGAAGGAAGACAACUACAGCAGCAUGACUUUACAUCCCAGAUAUUUUCAUUGGGAUACUGUCCCACUGGAGAGUGGCUUGCCGUUGGAAUGGAAAACAGCAAUGUAGAGGUUCUGCAUGUGACAAAACCAGACAAAUACCAGUUGCACCUCCAUGAAAGCUGUGUGCUAUCCCUUAAGUUUGCUCAUUGUGGUAAGUGGUUUGUAAGCACUGGGAAGGAUAAUCUGCUGAAUGCCUGGAGGACACCUUACGGAGCAAGCAUAUUUCAGUCCAAGGAGUCCUCUUCGGUGCUGAGCUGCGACAUCUCAGUGGAUGAUAAAUACAUUGUCACUGGCUCUGGGGACAAGAAGGCUACAGUCUAUGAAGUUAUUUAUUAGGAAUGGAGCCUGAACACAAAGAUACCUUUCACUAUAGCACUUUUGUUAGAUUUGAUCUUUAUGGCUGACUUUGCAAAACAAAGACUUCAACGUCCUUGUCAUCAUUUUCUCAGCUCUGUGCUGUAUUUGAUCAUAAUUUCUGGACACGACCAUCUAAUAUACAAAACCCACAAAAUCCAACUACUGAAUGGAUGGGACAAGCUUCUUUUGCCAUUAAUUGAAUGAAGGACCAGAAGGUUUCAACUAUUUAUUUUGUUUUUCAAGACUUUUUAUAAUUAAUUUCACCAAAGCUCUUUCCCAGCCUUGGCGAUAAAGGAUACUUACACUCUUUGGGAAAGGGGAUGGAGAAUGGUACUCCAUUUCAGUAUUGAUUAGUAUCAUGUGUUUCUCCAUUGUAUUACAAAAUUGGUAAGAUAUUUUUAAUAGGACUGUCAAGUUAAAGAGUAAUAUUCUUGAAAUUUGCCAAAAGUAAAGCUUGCUGAUAAUAUGAAGCUAAGGCAACAGAAAUCUAAAGAUUUGAUAGGUCCUGGAAUGAUGAUUUACUCUUUGAAAUUUGUUAGUAUUGUUUUAUCAGAAGGCCACAGGCUUCAAAAUAACAAAAAUAAUAUCACUUCACAAUAUAUUCCAGUAUUGUGAAAAACAGAGCAGAAAAUCCAUCAGGUGUGAAACUUGCUAAUUGGCUCAGGUGUUUCAUGUCCUGGAAAAAACAACCAAUCAGAAAUUAUUAAGCUCCUCAAAUGAUUUCAUCUCCCCUGAAAAGUAACUACCACAGAAGUGACCAAUCAAAUUCCUAUGUUUUUUGAAACAAAAACUCUUGAGCAACUAAAUUAGCUCCCCAACUGACCACACCAUAUAUCCCUAAAAUUAAAUUUUGUAAUGGAACAUGCAAAAAAAACCGUUCUGAACAAAAUUACUAAAAUUAUCCAUUCCAUAUUUUAUCGUUCCCUCACAAGGGCAUCUCCUCCUUGAGGGUGCUUGUUUACCUUCUGUCCAUUGUCCAGAGCUUGAUCCAUCAGUAAAUCUUUGCGAAUGAUAUGCUUUGGGUUUCUGCACAUGCCUAUAUCCUUCCACUCUUAGCGUUCAGGCAAUUAAAAUACACCCUCAACCUGCUGUCAAUUAGCAUGUGAGAUACUGCCUCCCGGGCCCUGGUUCUGCCUUCUCAACCCUACCCCAGAUUCUUUGCACUCUCCAAUCACUUCUUAAGUGCUCUUGAAAUGUUCCUUCUUUGACUUCCUUGUCUUUAAAUAGCGAAUGGUUGUCGCUCAAUCCACUUAAGUCCCCUUCCAUCCUGAAAAUUAAUCAUAGUCUAACUGCAACCCCCUCUAACUUUUUGCUCUCAUUGGUUCCAAUGAAGUUUCUCUUCUCAACUUCAUUGUUUCCUAUUACCUGACUUUGCUUUCCACUUUCACUCCUAAACCUUACUUCCUGUGAGCAUUGUUAUGGGAGGACGGCUAGUGAUUUAUGAAAAGUAGUUUGUUUUUGCUAACUUAAAAAUCUAAUGUUAUUAUCAAGUUGAGGAUGGGUAUGGGGAUAAAGGGGGAAUGAAGUCAACUGUAACUCAUUGUCUAAUAAGUAUAAUGAAGAUGCUUUAUCUAUUGUAGUAGUUGGAGGCUUUGUGUGUGGGCUUGUGACUGAUGUUCAUGAUCAGCCUUUACGUAGAUUUGAAUGUCAACUGGAUUUACAUUCAGUGCACCAACACUAAUAUAGUGCAUUAUCUGUACAUGCACAAUAAUGGAAGAAUAAAGUGAGUUACAAUCAAGGGG